GUGGCGGGGCGGGACUUCCGGCGCGAGGAGGACCUGAAGCUGGAGGCGCGGGCCCACUGGUGCUGACAGGACCGUGGCUGCGGGGGCCCCGGGCGAGAGCCGGAGAGGCGAAGCAGGACCCGGCGCCACUGCCGCCUGUCUGCGCUAGGGCAACGUGCUGGGUGCUAGGAUGGCUCGAGGCGAGCGGCGGCGCCGCGCAGCGCCCGCUGAAGGACCGCGGGCAGUAGAGAGGGAGGGUCGGGUCGGCCCGGGGCGACGGGACGGCCGGGGCGGCAGGGCCCGGGGCGCAGGGGGAGCGGCUCUGGCAGUGGUGGUUCUGGCUCUGGCUCUCGCCCUGUCGGGGCGCUGGGUGCUGGUGUGGCACCGUGCACGGCGGGCGGUCACGCUGCACUCUGCGCCCCCAGCGCUGUCCCCCGACUCCUCCAGUCCCGCGGUGGCCCCGGACCUCUUCUGGGGCACCUACCGCCCUCACGUCUACUUCGGCAUGAAGACUCGCAGCCCGAAGCCCCUCCUCACCGGACUGAUGUGGGCGCAGCAGGGCGCCACCCCAGGGACCCCUAAGCUCAGGCACACGUGUGAGCAGGGAGACGGCGUGGGUCCCUAUGGCUGGGAGUUCCACGACGGCCUCUCCUUCGGGCCACACAUCCAGGAUGGGGCCUUAAGGCUCACUACUGAGUUCGUCAAGAGGCCUGGGGGUCAACACGGAGGGGACUGGAGCUGGAGAGUGGACUGUAGAGCCUCAGGCUUCAGGUACUCUGCCCUUCCUUUGGUCUCUUUCUUCUAUGUGGUAACAGAUGGCCAGGAAGUCCCUCCAGAGGUUGGAGCCAAGGGGCAGUUGAAGUUCAUCAGUGGGCACACCAGUGAACUUGGUGACUUCCGCUUUACACUUCUGUCACCAACCAGUCCAGGGGACACUGCCCCCAAGUAUGGCAGCUACAAUGUCUUCUGGUCCUCCAACCCAGGACUGGCCCUGCUGACGGAGGUGGUGAAGAGUCGCCUAAAUAGCUGGUUUCAGCAUCAGCCCCCAGGGGCUUCUCCUGAGCGCUACCUCGGCUUGCCAGGAUCUCUGAAGUGGGAGGACAGAAGCCCAAAUGGGCAAGGGGGACAAGGGCAGUUCUUGAUACAGCAGGUGACUCUGAUCCCCUUUUCUGUGGAUUUGGUGUUUGAAUCUGGCAGCGCCCAGGCAGGAGGAAACAAGCCCUAGGGCAAACUGGCAGGCAGCCUACUGACCCAGGCCCUGGAGAGCCACGCUGCAGCCUUUCAAGAGCGCUUUGAGAAGACCUUUCAGCUAAAAGAGAAGGGCCUGAGUCCUGGGGAGCAGACUUUGGGUCAGGUUGCCCUCAGCAGCCUCCUUGGUGGGAUUGGCUACUUCUAUGGACAGGGUCUGGUAUUGCCAGACAUGGGGGUGGAAGGAUCUGGGCAGAAGGUGGACCCAGCCCUCUUUCCACCUCUCCCUCUUUUCUCAGCGGUACCCUCCAGGUCAUUCUUCCCACGAGGUUUCCUUUGGGAUGAGGGCUUUCACCAGCUAGUGGUCCAACGGUGGGAUCCCCACCUCACCAGAGAGGUCCUAGGCCAUUGGCUGGGGCUACUCAAUGCUGAUGGCUGGAUUGGGCGGGAGCAGGUACUGGGGGAUGAGGCCCAAUCCCGGGUGCCCCCAGAAGUCUUGGUGCAACGGGCAGCCCAUGCCAACCCCCCAACCCUCCUUUUACCUGUUGCCCACAUGUUAAACGGUAGUGAUCCUGCUGACUUGGCCUUUCUGCGCAGGGCCUUCCCCCGCCUGCAUGCCUGGUUCUCCUGGCUCCAUCAGAGCCAAGCAGGGCCUGUGCCACUCUCUUACCGCUGGCGGGGCCGGGACCCAGCCUUGCCUACCCUACUGAACCCUAAGACACUGCCAUCAGGGCUGGAUGACUAUCCCCGGGCUUCACAUCCUUCAGCAACUGAGCGGCACCUGGAUCUGCGAUGCUGGGUGGCACUGGGUGCCCGUGUGCUGUCUCAGCUUGCAGAGCAGCUAGGGGAGACUAAGGCAGCUGCUGAGCUGGGCCCACUAGCUGCCUCACUGGAAGCAGAGGAGAGCUUGGAUGAGCUGCACUGGGCUCCAGAGCUAGGAGUCUUUGCGGACUUUGGGAACCACACAAAAGCUGUACAGCUGAAGCCUAGGCCCCCUCAGGGGAUGGUACGAGUGGUAGGCCGGACUCAACCCCGCUUGCAGUAUGUGGAUGCCCUGGGCUACGUUACUCUUUUUCCCUUCCUGCUGCGGCUUCUGGACCCCAAAUCACCCCACCUUGGACCCCUGCUGGAUGUUCUAGCUGACAGCCGUCAUCUCUGGAGCCCCUUUGGUUUGCGUUCCCUUGCAGCCUCCAGCCCCUUUUAUGGCCAGCGCAAUUCAGAGCAUGAUCCUCCCUACUGGCGGGGUGCUGUGUGGCUCAAUAUCAAUUACUUGGCUCUGGGAGCGCUCCACCACUAUGGGCACCUAGAGGGUCCCCAUCAGAUCCAGGCUGCCAAGCUCCACAGUGAGCUCCGUGCCAACGUGAUAGGCAAUGUAUGGCGGCAGUACCAGGCUACAGGGUUUCUGUGGGAACAGUACAGUGACCAGGAUGGGCAUGGCAUGGGCUGCCGCCCUUUCCAUGGCUGGACCACCCUAGUCUUAUUGAUCAUGUCUGAAGACUACUGAACAGGGGUAUGGGAGGAAAGCCAAGCCACUCAUGCCACUCUAAAUCUGGAGGUACAAGGUAUCCUGUUUGCCCCCAGCUCUUCAGAUACCAUAAUUCAAUCCUUCCUCAACUCAUCUCAGGUGUCUCCUUGCUGUGUCACCCACACAGCCCUGGGGUGAAUGUGAACUCAGAGUUUAUUUUUUCUAAAUAAAUUGUAAAAACAA